AUGGAGGCUGUCGGUGCAGUCAACGGCACACAGGAUGAUCUCCGCCUCCGGCCCUUGCCUGACGAUGACCCUGGCAACCUCGAUUACCAUGACUACGGCCCAAAUGCCGGUGCUAACCCCCCGGCAUUUCCCACAGUGUUUGAGGGGGUGAAUUUUCCAGAGGACCCCAUUAAACUGCUGAGUGUACAGGUGGUGUUGAUUUUGGCCUACAGCACCAUAAUCGUACUUGGGGUUCUGGGUAAUUCUCUGGUUAUCUACGUCAUCUACCGCUUCAAGACCCUCCGCACCGUCACCAACUUCUUCAUCGCCAACCUGGCUGUUGCCGACCUGCUGGUGAACACGCUGUGCCUCCCCUUCACCCUCGUCUACACGCUGCAGGGAGAGUGGAAGUUUGGCAGCACCCUCUGCUUCAUGCUGCCCUACGCCCAGGGACUCGCCGUGCAUGUCUCCACGGUGACGCUCAAUGUCAUCGCCCUGGACCGCCACAGGUGUAUUGUGUACCACCUGGAGACCAGGAUGCGUAAGGACGUGUGUUUUGGGGUGAUAGCUUUGACCUGGGUGCUGAGCGCUGUGCUCGCCAGCCCUCUGGCCAUCUUCAGAGAGUACGGCUCCUUCACCCUGGAGCCUGGACACACCAUCCAGGUGUGUACAGAGAAGUGGCCUGGUAAAAACACAGACGGCACCGUCUACAGCAUCUCCAUGUUGAUCCUGCAGUACUUCCUGCCGCUGUCCAUCAUCUCUUUUGCCUAUGCCCGCAUCUGGUCCAAACUGCGCGGCCAUGUCAGCCCAGCAGAUACCGUUGGCAGCAGCAGUGCCGGCUCUGAGCGCCACCGCCGGCGCCGCAAAACCACCAAGAUGCUGGUGACCAUGGUGGUGGUGUUCGCUGUCAGCUGGCUGCCCUUCCAUGCCUUCCAGCUGGCCACGGACAUCGACAGCACUGUGCUGGACAUGCGCGACUUCCGCCUGCUCUACACCGUCUUCCAUGUGGUCGCCAUGUGCUCCACCUUCGCCAACCCACUGCUGUAUGGCUGGAUGAACCGCAAUUACCGCGCUGCCUUCCUUGCCGUCUUCAAGUGCAGCAGGGGAGGGGAGAGGGGGAGGAGUGGCCGCCUGGACAGCAUUCACCCCGUUGGAGGAGGCGGAGGAGGAGGAGGGAGGGCGAAGAAGAUAGUGCUUGAAACGCAAGAUGUGGUGUCCACCCACUUGAACGCCACUGACGUUUGAGAGCCUGAGGGAGGUGUAAAUGAAGAGGGCGAUGGAGGAGAAGGGGUAGAGAUGACAGAGGAGCAGGCAGGAAGGAAAAGCGAAUCAUUGUCAGGAAAUCUUUUGUCCCCCAAAAGACAAUAGAAGCGAGACAAAAACGAGAUUCCUCAUAGAGACAGAAAGAUAGAUAAAGAUGUGAGAGAAAAUAGAAAUGACAGAGUGAGAGGAAGGCAGCGGAGGAUUAACGAGUUUUUGGAAUCCCAAAAUAGAGGAGGGGGCAUCGACGAGCAGGGAUUAGAAGAAGAAGAAUGACAGGAGAGAGGAAGAAUAGCUGCUGAAUGACUCAAGGUCUCCUCGACCAAUUGAGGCGCUGUCACUUUGGGGACGCGAACUCAUCAUGAGGAAAGCCCCGAGCACUUUGAGGACCUUUUAGGGGGAAUUUGUUCAAUUCAGCUUUGUAUGAAGGAUUUGUGACACUGUCAAAGUGAAGAAGUUUGUUCCAAAAAGAGACCAAGAAUAUGCCCACAUAAAAAGAAGUUGCUUUGAUUUUCCAUUGACAAAAUAUCAGAGACAUGAGGGCUUUCCUCCGCACAGAUGGAAAAAACAGAUUCUACAAUAACCUUGGACUUUAAUGCAAAUCUUGUCAAAAUAGGGCUUUACUCCAUCUUCAUUCCACAUGUAAAGCAUUUAGCUGGUACAUUUAACCCCGAAUGGCUUACAAGGGGCACAAGGAUGCGUAAGCAGGUUGCGGGGAUUGAACCUGAGAAAUUUCGGCAGCAGCGUUCUUUAUUGAAAAUGAUGUGAGCUGACUGUUCACAUGUUUUAAGCGUACGGAAUCGGAGGCUGCUGGGAACCGUGCAAACAGAUUUUGUCAGGUGAAAGAAACAAGAAGAAGAAAAUCGCAGAUUUUUUAGUUCAGAUGGCACCGAGGAGGACGGGGAUGCAUGAUGCAAGCUUUGUGAAACCUCAGACAUUGUUACGUAAUCAAAAUGUGUGGUUUACUGUGUAGGUGUGUAAAACAGAAAAUACAGAGGUGGAUCAUUUGAGACAGACAGGGGAAAGAGUGGUCAAAAUGCAAAUUAUUUGGAUUCAAAGGGCGAUGCUUUGUUUUUUCUUUCCCUUGGUAGAUGAAGGACAGAAUGGGGAGCAAAAAAUGAGAGAUGAGGGCAGAAGGGAAAAAGCAAUGAGAGGAUGAGGAGGAGUGAAAUGUGGGAUAAUGAGGCCAAAAAAACACCCCAAAACGGAUGAGAGAUUUCAGACAGGCCACAAUUUAGUGUGACACAGCAGAGAAAAGAUCUUUUCUUACAAGCAGACAAAUGAAUGUUUCAGAAAAGAAAUUUUUCUGUGUUCAAUUUUUCUUUUUUGUUCAUUUUGGCAGGUGUUUUCGGCAUGUGUCAGGUUCAGCUGCGAAUUCACAUCUUUCAGCAUGUUCAAGCCACACAAGGACAAAGUUGUUAUUUUAAACUUGAACUGAUAAUAACCUGA